UCCACUCGAAUUUAAAACUGCUCGCGAAUUUUAAACUAACGCGAGAACUAAGAAUAAACAUAACGUUGGUGGGGACACUAAAAUAAUCAUCGUUAGCAUUUUCUUUACAUUUAUUGUUUUUGUUGUUUUAGCGGACCUGAUAUAUUAAGAUUUUGUUUGAUCUCCCCUACAGCAGAUGGCGCUGUUACACAACACGACGAAAACGUUACGCGUGACGUCAUGACGCUUCUUUGAUUUUGAGCGGGGAAAUAUUAUUGAAACGGGUGGAGUGGAGCGAUUUGAGGAUCUUCUGAGUGUAAACAAACGUGACAAGUUUGGAUCGAAAUACUCGCGAGAAAAUGUCGAAACGAACGCAGUUUCUGGAGUCUGUCCAUCAUGAGCACGUCCAGGACUUUCUGAACUUCAUCAUGUUGCAUAAGGAUGGAGCAGAUCCAUUUGACCUGAUGGAGGUUCUGUCCGAGCUGCAGAGAAGUCAGAGGCAGGACCUGUGGGAGAGACUGCUUAAAUUACUACAGCAUACCCUCACUGCUUAUCCUCCGGAGCGCUGGAUCACUGGAGCUGAAGAGGAUGCUGGAGACAUGGAGGUGGAGGUUUCUGAAGAGCAGAUGCAGGCAAUGAGAAUAAUAGAGGGCGUCACAAUAGUUUCUACAGUGUCUGUAGACAUUUUGCAAGAAAACGACACUUAUACCUCUCUUCUUGGCUGUGCUCAGAUGCUUAAUUGUAUAGAGAGUGCUUUGCCACUGUCACAGACACCCCUUCUGCAGGCUAUUCACUGGAUGUUUGAAUGCUGGUGGAAGCGAGAUCUCAAAGGGAAGGAGGAGCUUGGUUGGACUACUUUCCUUGUCUGUUUGGAAAACACUGUUACACUUGAGAAACCGUUGAGUGAGCUCAGAAGGUUGUGUACUCUGCGAGAGGUGCUUCUCAGUGUGGACUUUGCAUCUGAAAGAGGUCAGCAGGUCAUUGAUCCUCUGCUCCAAUGUUUCUUCAGACCCUCUCAUAUCAAACAAGAAGAAGGGAAACGGUUCCUUGCCUUCCUCUUCUCCUGGAAUGAAAGCUUCAUUCGGAUGAUUCAUGAAACUAUUAAGAACCAGCUGCAGUUCUUCCCAAAAGCUCUGUCUGUACACGUGGCUGAGAUUUACUUUAGAGCAUGGAGGAAAGCAUCAGGAUCUUUCCUGGAGGAAAUUGAAUCCACCUGCAUCCAAGAUUUAAUGCAGCACGCCAUGUUGCUGCACAGAAACUCACCUGUACAAAGCAAAGUCAGACAGAUCCUUACCUAUUUCCACAAGCAGAAGUUUCGGGAGGGAGUUGAUGAGAUGCUGCACAGACUAUACAAGCCAAUUCUGUGGAAAGCGCUAAAGGCCACUAAUGCUGAGGUCCGUGCCAAUGCCACACUGCUCUUUAUGGAGGCUUUUCCCAUCCAUGACCCCAGCAUGAACAGUGAGAUGGUAGACCAGGCUGUUCAGAAACAACUGGAUUUGCUGUUUGCUCUUCUUGAUGACCCCCAGCCCCUGGUGCGCUCAUCUGCAGUGCUGGGUGUGUGUUCUGUCCUGGCUCGUUGCUGGGAGGUCAUCCCUUCUACGAUCAUAACCGACCUUCUGCAGAAGCUCAUCCUGCAGCUGGCUAACGACAGCAGCUCUCCCGAUGUCCGCUGCUCUGUUUUUAUGUGCAUGUCUAUAAUUCUGGAUAACAGUUUAAGCCAUCCACUCAUGGAAAAACUAUUGCCUGCACUGAAGAGCAGCCUCCAUGAUAGCUCUGAAAAGGUGCGAGUUGCAUUUGUGGGCAUGCUUCUAAAGAUCAAAGGUGUCCGGGCAGCCAAGUUUUGGAAAGUUUGUUCCCUGGAACAUCUGCUGGCUCGUUUGGAGAUCGACUCACCUCCUGUUUCCAAGCGAAUUGUCAAUCUCCUCUUCAACUCAUUCUUUCCAGUCAACCAGGCAGAGACUGUCUGGUGUGAACGAUGCGUCACCCUGAUUCAGACAAAUCCAGGAGCAGCGCGCAAGUUUUACCGCUACGCCUAUCUGUACACUGCUCCUGCUAAUAUAGUUAAGCUGAUGUUGGUGAUACGAAAGUGUCUGAAUGUGUGCAUUCAAAAUUCAGGAGAUGAUGAAUUUGCAUCCAGCAAUAAAGAAAACAGCACGAUGUUGGAGGAUGUUCUCUCAGUGCAAGACACUGCCUCCAUGGCCAGAUUACUGGAGAUAGUGGUCAUUCUGUGGAAAAGUGUUCAGAAAUCUCUCCAGUCAAACCAAGAGGCCUUCAAGUAUACAACAUCAAAGUUUGCCUCUGUAUUGCCACAGUAUCUUAAAGUUUUUCAGGAGGAGCAGUGUAAAGCACCUCUCAUUCUUCUAGCCUCUGUGCUUCCUGCCUCUGCUGUUUCAGCUCUGAGGAGUAAAGUGAUGUCUCACUUGAAGAGUCUGAAAGCGGGUUCUGCUGUGACGGCGUACAGUCAGUCGGUGGAGUGUCUCUGUAGCUGGGGGCAGAUCAGCCAUAUUGUGGAACUGAUUGAGAACUGGCUCACAGAAUCUACAGCUGUUAGUGGGUGUGAUGUAAACUCAACUGGCAAAGUGCAUUUUGAUGGACUAGAGGAGUCCAAGCCAGAUCUGGGCCUGGACUAUCUGGAUUACCUGCUGUUGCACCCUAAAACAAGAGACUGCCUGCUGAAUAUGCCGCUGGAUCAGAUCAGACAGCUACAUAAUGCUCUCAACAAAUGGAAGUCACUGCUGUUUUCUGCUCUGAAUGGAUCAGAGGUCAACGUGGCCAGCAUUGAAACUGCACUGAGAGCUUUUGUUUUUCAUGGGCGACUCCGCAUCCACCUUCAACACAAAUACCCAGAGGAACGAGAGUUCCUGGGAUCGCUGGAGCAUUCUGUGUCCUGGGUGGAGAAUAAAAUCCUUCCUUCACUGACCAGCACAAGCAGUGAGCAGCAGUUUUCAUUAAGCAAGAGGAUAGUAGAAAGUUGUUUAACAGUGUGCAAGAAUGUGCUGCGGGUUUCUGUAGGAGACAAUGAUUUCAGAGACCACUUACUAAAGCAUGUUGCUUCUGUUCUGCAGUCCGGGAAAGGAUACAUGUGCAUCCCUCAUGUGCUCGCUCUGCUUACUGAGAUUGCACAAUCCUGCCUUUCUCAUAAGACAGAUGGGGAGGAGGAUCAGCUGUCCCUCGCUCUCCGCAUUUUGACCAACAUCUUCCAGAAAAUUGUAGAGCUUAUGGCACAUCGGCUGCGUAAAGACAAGGAAGAGGGUGAAGAGCUGUGUUACUCUUCUGAGGAAGAUCUUCAUAACUUCCUUCUGGUGACUAAUUUUACAACUGAGGGGUCAGAGUUCAUUACUGGAGUCUUCUCAUCACUCUGUGCAGCAGUUAUUAUUGAUAUCAGCCGCACCCUUCAGAAGCUCUCUCAUGCGGAAGAGGUGUUCACCCCAGAGACUGUUAAUGACCUUCCACCCCUGUCAAAAACCAUCCUCAAAGUUAUCCUCAGCUCACCUGCAGUUACCAGGUUUUUUCUGUCUGAAAUUAGCUCCUCUGUUGAUUCAGAGGCCAUCAAUAGCAUCCCACAGUGGACUGCAGUUUCACACAUUCUAACCGUGAUCAAACAAACUGAUGCAUUUAAUGAGGAGUUGAGGGAAAUUGGAGUAUCAGUACGCAGGCAAAUACAGAGCUAUUACAGCAUCACUGCAGAAAACUCUGAAAAUAUACAGAGGACCAUCUACGAAUCCACUGUCAGGAUGCUGAAUGACAUCCUAACUCCAUGUCAACAAUAAAGCAGUUAAACAGGAAUGCUUUUUCCAUUUUACAUACUACCACAAAACCUGUCAGUUUGGAAAUUGCCUUAUCUUUAAAUCAGUGCGCUGACACUGUUUAUCUGAUGUAUUCUUUUCAUUAUUGUUUGUACAGUUUAAGUGUAACAGUUGGUGUCUUAUGCUUCAGAUUAGUGGGGAUCAUUUUGUUUUAUUUUUGACGUUGAUAUCAAAUGAUGAUACUUCUACAUAAACACAAUCAAUAUUAAGCUUCUUAUUAUUUUUAAUCAAAAAGUCCUUGAUUAAAUCUCUCCCUGCCUUUCAGCUUUUCUAGUUUCCACAGAUUAUAUUUAUACUUUUUAUAUUAAACAGACAUACAGAUUCUGUACUCUGAAAUAUGGAUAAAUAACUAAAUAUUUACCUAUGAUGAUGACGUGACAUGAGAAGAUUGAUAAUGUCUGUCUAAAAUCAUGAAGUGAUAUAAAAUCUAAGCACAUAAGAUUCAAAAGUUGUUUUUCUUCAUCCUCAGCUUGUUUAAACUUAUAAGAACUUUUUUCAGUUCUGUUAUUGAGACCCACUUAAAUAUUUUCUCUGCUUAAUCAUAGUUUAACUCUGGUGAUUUAUUAUUGUAGUGGGUUGUUUGUACAGUACUGUACAGCACACCAGGAACAAGCAGAAUUAUUUCACAUUUUCCGUAGGGGCACAACCUUUGGACAAAAUGCCUGCUCAGAUAUGCCCCAUCUCAACCCCAGUGCCUGGCUGUCUGAUAAGAGAAGUGAUGUAGAUCCCUGCAAACCAGGUAGACGUGGCCAGAAUACCUACAGUCAGGUGUGUUUGACUGCGGUGAUGUGCUUACCGAUCGCCAGUUCGUUAACACUUAGAUAAUUGUAUUCUAUUAAGUCUAAAGCAAAUAAAUAAAUUAAUUCUGGAUGACAAUAUAGUUCAGACUAAAUAAGGAAGAUACAAUAAGCAAAACAAAAUGUUAUGAUACAAAGUUAAAUUAAAAGAUGAAUUA